GUCAACGAGCAUCUUCUGACUUCUACUUGAGCUCAUCACAGAAUCUGCGCUCCGCCUCCUUAUCCGAUACCUCUAGCCUACCUCCCAAUUCCACCUCCAAGCUCCUAUCCAUGGCGUCUCACGAUCACCACCACCACCACUCUCACGACCACAAUCACUCCCACGGGGACGGCGAUGGCCAUGCAGCGGGGGGAUCGUGGGUCGGGGAGGACGGUCGCGUGUGGCACUCCCACGACGGCCUCGCGCCGCACUCCCACGAGCCCAUCUACUCCCCGGGCGACUUCACCAAGCGCGCGCCGCCGCUCGCCUCCCGCACCUUCACCGACCGCGCCUUCACCGUCGGCAUUGGCGGCCCCGUCGGCACGGGGAAAACUGCCCUGAUGUUAGCACUAUGCAGAUUUCUACGUGACAAAUAUAGUCUUGCGGCGGUCACAAAUGAUAUUUUCACAAAAGAAGAUGGGGAAUUCUUAAUCAAGCAUGGAGCACUCCCAGAAGAGCGCAUACGCGCAGUGGAAACUGGAGGCUGCCCUCAUGCAGCUAUACGUGAAGACAUCAGUAUAAAUCUUGGCCCCCUGGAGGAGCUAUCGAACUUGUACAAAGCUGAUCUGCUACUCUGUGAAUCUGGAGGAGAUAACUUGGCUGCUAACUUUAGCAGAGAAUUAGCAGACUACAUAAUCUACAUAAUUGAUGUCUCCGGUGGGGACAAGAUACCAAGAAAAGGUGGUCCUGGGAUAACCCAAGCUGAUCUUUUGGUAAUAAAUAAGACAGACCUUGCACCGGCUGUUGGAGCUGAUCUGGCUGUAAUGGAACGAGAUGCGCUUCGCAUGCGGGAAGGAGGGCCUUUUGUGUUUGCACAGGUGAAACACGGAGUGGGUGUGGAGGAAAUCGUGAAUCAUGUUCUGCAAGCAUGGGAAAUUGCAACCGGGAAUAAACGCCGAUAAAAGAUCUCAUGACUUAGCUUUAUAUUCGGCGUGCAGCUGAUGCACUUUGUCAUUCGGCAUGCAUAAACCAUCUGUUGGUUUUUGAAUAAAUUUCGCAUCAUUUGGUGCUGAUGUACUAGAGACUUGGAGUUUCAAAAUUUCCUUUUCGGCCUAAUUUGGAAGCAAGGAUGAGCUAAACCCAGGGAAGGAAAACCUCCCAUCGAGAACUAACUGUCUUAUUCAAAUGGCAUCCCCAUGGAUUGCUCACCCUUGGAAAAGUCAGGGGAUCCCAAGGGGAUUUGAGUUUCCAAACUAGUCCUUCAUGUUGGAAGAGAAGGAAAGGUAGAUCAUGCCCUCAACUUCGGAUGAGGGGUUGAGAAUGUUAUGAAUGACAAAUUGAUGAUGCCCCAGAACUCUAUUUUCU